ACCUUUUUUUUUUUUUGACUGACAGUCCAUUUUAUGCGGUUAACAAUUGAUGGGGCGUGGUUUGGGAGAUUGUGGGGCGGUUUAAGGGAAGCAAAUGGGCGUGUCUGUAAAGCCUUGGGGCCGAUGAACGGAUGGGGAGGAGGGGCUACGGUCCGGUGGAGAGGAGGAGUCGCGUUCAGGGGCUGUGGGAGAAACAGAGUAGUGUACCGUGAAGGCGACAGAGAGAGCGCGGGGGGAGGCAGGGAUGCGUGCGCCCUGAACGGUCCUGUGGGUACGCUCGGCGGCACACUCAGCCCUUCACAGCCGCAGCGCUCCGCGGCAGCAGUGCCUCAUUCCUUCCGAGGUAGCCACCACGAUGUCCGGCGGGGCUGAGGUUCGCCUCCUCCGCCAAGAUGCCGGCCAAGAAAGUCCGAGGAUGCCGGCCUGGAAGCGAGAAAUCUUGGAGAGGAGGAAGGCUAAGGGCGGCGGUUCGGGGGGAACCGGGUCCCCGGAGACCAGCCCUGGCAGUGCGGGCCCACAACGGGUAAACGGCGAGCUAACGGGGAAUGUGAACGGGAGCGGCGGACUCACGAGGGACGGCGGGGCGGCCGGUGGGUCCGGACGGAACUACACCAUCACCACAGCCAGCCAACACUUCGCAAACAACAAAGAGCCGCGACCGACGGCCUCCGACAGGACUCCGAGGGAGAACGACCGGCACGAGAGCCUGGUUCUGCAGGAGAGUCUGGGGCCCCUCGAGGAGAACCCGUUCAUCAAGCUGGAGAAGGAGCGGAGGAGGCGGCAGGAGCGGCAGGAGGAGCGAGAACACACCGGCCGCCCGGUCCAGCACAUCCUGGAACUGUACGGCAGCGUCCCGGGAAUACGGACUAUCCGAGCCGACAACAUCAUCAUCAUCGAGACGGAUCCAGAUUACUUCCCAGAAGCUGGAGACGCUCAGACGGGGGCCAAGUGGCAGCAGAACGGGGUGGGGGGCUACAGCUCCCUGAACGACCUUCUGGACCGCAGGGGCAGCGCUGUCACCGAGAUCCGAGCCAAGGAGGUGGUCAUCUACGACACCACGCUGAGCAAGAGCGAGGAGAACCUGAGCACCCUGGGCCGACCCGAGUAUGAGGCCGCGUAUGCUGCAGGGGAGGGCCAUGGCCGGGUCAGCCGGAUCCUGCAGAAGUUUGACAGCAACUAUGGGAAACUGCAGAAGAAGUCCCACAGCACGGAGAACCUGCUGGACCUGGACAGCAACUCCAGCAGCAGAUCCAGACUCUGGUCCAGACCACAGCCAGACCUGGGGCCAAAACAGGGGCCGGGUCAGUCGGUCAGCAGCCAGCUGUCUUCACCGCUCUUCCAGAGUUCCUGCUCUUCCACACCAAAGCAUCCUGUUCCGGAGCACAGCAGCCCCCAGCACAUCCCCGGGGGCCCUCAUCCAGUGUCAUCCUUCCGUCAGCGGUUCGAGGAAGGCCCAGCGGCCCCCCCACGAGACGAGCCAGACAGGGGGCCAAACAAGGUCACCAGGGAGCGAGAUUGGGAGGUCACCGAGGUGUCCCCCAAACCAAAGGUGCCAUGCUCUCCGGAGACCCGCCGUGCCCGUGCCGAGUCCCCCACAGCUCCCUUUUCCUUCAAGGCGUCCCGUCCCUCACAGGACUUUGAGAUCCGGGCCUCCCCAAAGCCAGACCUGGCUCAGAUCCCUGACGGGGACACCCAGGCACGAGCCCUCGCAAACCUCCGCCUGCAGUCCCGGAACUCCUUCACCGUGGUCCCCAAAGGCCGCCUUACGGCCCCGCCUGCAGCGGCCAGCACAGUCAAGGCCUCCUCCUCCAACAGAGUGCCCCCCUCCCCAACACUCCCUGUGAAGUCCACGGAGAAAAAAGCUGAAAAUUUAUUGGAGGAAAAUGAGACGGAGAGGCUGGUGGGGACCCCCAAGCCCGACGCCUCUCCUACCACUGAAACAAGUCCUGGUUCUCCUGUGACCUCUGACCUUUUGUCUCCACCUGCUGUUGUUACCCCACCUCCUUUUUCCUCACCUGCUCUAGCUUCACCCCCAUCUUCACCAGCUCCAACAGACUCCCCUGCCCCAUUGCCGCUCACAUCCACCCCCUCCCCGACGCACCGGCCCCCCUCUUUGGAUCAGCUGCCAGUAACGAACAUAGAUGACAUUGAGGUGGAGCCCCCACAGCGCGUCUCUGUCCCCAGCCCCCUUGUUCAGAGGAAGAAGGGCAACACCUUCACUGUGGUGCCAAAGCGCAGGGUGGAGGCCGACACCCAGCCAAGCUCACCUGAGACCCAGCCAGAAGCACCAAGGGGGGCCCCACCGGGGUCCACUCCCCCACAGGCCCCGUACGCUCAGCUGGGAACCCUGCUGAAGAAGCGCUACCCCGCUGUGGAGGACAUCCAGGUCAUCGGUGGAUACCUGUCCCUCCCAAAGUCCUGCCUCUCCAAAACGGGCUCCAAUGGGAAGAAGCUGAAGAUCUCCUUCAACGAGUCGAGCCUCCACAGCACGUACGAGUAUCCGUCUGAGAGCAGCGUGUGGGACAGUGGAGACGAGGACGAGGAGGAGCAGGAGGAAGAGCCGCCCAGCAUGGUGGGACGCAUCCACAUCCCGCGCCCCAGCAUCAUCACCACGCCAACCCACAGCAACAACAGCAGCAGCGACCUUUCCAGCUACGUCCCUAAACACUCGGUGGACUUCAGCUCCUGGCAGGAACACAAACACGACGACGGCGUUCACCAAGUGGAUGCGGAUGCGCAGACGACGGCGGAAGUCAUGCUCACGCCGGCGGACAGCUCCUCCCUGUCUGACUACAGCAGCGAGCCGGCUCUUUACUUCUGAUCCCUGCGGCCGACGGUGCUGACCCCACCCCCGCCCCAGCCGGACUCCCGCUCAGCGGGCCAGCCGGCGUUCCCCGUCGGUGCUGCUGGCUCUCCGCCUUCUCCUGAAAGCAGCUGGGCUGUUUGCCAUCCGGGACAGUUGAACUGUCGCCUCCGCCGUCAUCACCACGCCUGGCACCGCCUCUCUGGACGCUUCCUGCUGGCUUCAAGCUUCAGUUUCAGAUGUGAUGAGAGGAAGCAGCUGCUGUCGGUGUGUGAUGGAGUCCGGUGUUACCAUGGAAACACGGCCUUUUCUCCCUCUUCCUCUGAGAUCCGGGGGACAUUAUUGCUCCGGCAGAGGGCAGUUUGGAUGCAGGACCAAAAAGGGUGCCAGUUCUAGUUUUUGUUUCAGCCAACAACAGGCCUGCUGGUGGGUGGGGUCAGGGGGUGGGGUGGGGUCAGCUCUCAUAUCCCGAUGAAUGCUGGAAAAAGUGCCCUUCGCCAAUCCCGCGUGCGUCCGAAUGGAGUCCCUCUGCGGAGGAAUCCUCCACGUCUUCAUUCGUGAGUCGCGUUUGACACGAGACGCGUCAUCACUCCCACAUUCCAGAGCAGUUGCUCCGCCCAUAACGGGGGGGGUGGGGGGGUGCAAGCAGGACAGUGUGUGAAUGCUUUUGAUAAAUGUUCUUUUUUUUAUUCCGUUGUUUUAUAUGCAAGAAAUGCACCGAGUCUCCAGAUUUUCUUUUGUUUUUUUAAAUCAUGUUGCCAACGGAUGAAAGGCUCACCGUCAGAGCCUCCUUCCCUUCGGCCAGUAUUGCUGUACAGUUUCCAAGCAGGGGGGGUGCUGGACAUUGCUGUUGCCCCCCUCCCUCAGUGUCGAGUCGAUCUGUGGUACCUCUGUCCUGUCUGAUGUCUUUGCACUGUCUCGCUUUUAGCUGAAUUUUGCACCUCGGGAGGAAGAAGUGGGGAAACGUGCACCUGAAGGAUGAAGGAUUUCAGCUGCAGCUCCUCUUCUGUAAUGAAUCGUCUUUCAAUGAAUCAAGUGGUCGUUGUUCGCGGUGAUGCGCUGCCGACAGCUGCCUUUUCGGAUCCGCAGCGGUCCAGAUUUUCCUAAUUCUUCUUUCUUUGACCUCUGCCACAUACUCAAAAUUUUUUUUUUUAAAUCACCAACAAAUAUUGGACAUGGUGGAUACAAAAAAUGAUGACAUCACAGCGGGUGAAACUCUCAAACAGUGAAUGGAGCCAAAAUGUCAAAAUCCACGAAUGAAACCAAAAGGCCCGUGUCGGAGAGAUCCAAAGGAAGUUUAAAAAUGAUUAUGGGGUGGCAACAGGACCUACAGCUUGGCCACCAUUUAGGGGCAAAGUGUGUAAUUUGGUGAUUUUCACACUUUUAUCAAAUAUGGGGAACGAAAAGGAUUGUUCCUUAAAACUUAACACACGCCACAAAGUGAAGGUUGCAUCCAAAUUGCUUCACUGCUCACCGUAUAACGCGUUCGCCAGUUUGUAGUGCUUCUCGAAUCUACAGCCCCAAAAUCCAGCGCACUGGAAAUUUCCCAGAAGUCUCUGCCAAGAACCAGUGUGCAUGGAUGCUCACUACUAUAGACCACAAUGCAUUGCGUUUGAACGAUUGUUUGAUCUUAGGUGUGAUCAUCAGAACACAGUGGAUUCGUAAAUAUUUGUCAGGUUUUUACUUUGUGAAAUCGGUGACGGUGUCGUAUUUGCCGUUUAAAAAAAGAAAGUAGUGAGAAACCACAUCCAAAGUUCUGUUGACCUUUGACCUCAGGAGGAGGUCACCUAUUUUGAUAAAAAAAAA